GCUUCCUGAAAAGUAUCAGGGAGUUAGUGGCUUGUUAUUCAAGAGGAGUAGAGAGACACAACCCGAUGACUGGAAUAAUCUAUGUCCAUGUUGAAAGUGACUUCAAGAUCAAAGUAGAAUAUGUAGAAAUAAGGACAACAUUGGAGUAUGGAGGAACACGUUCUUGCCUCAGGAUCAAGAGGGUCACAAGUCCACACAGUAGGAUGGGAUUUAUGUCAACUGAAUUGUAGACACAUUAUUGUUUUUCAUUAUUAUCUUUUUAGACACAAAAAUUACUAGAAUAUGUUUUCUUGUUUUCUUGUACUACCAUGUUCUGAAAAACAUGGAGAACAAAGUACGUCUUGAUGAGGUUCAUGAUCAAUCAAUCAAUCUUUAAAUUCAAUAUAUUGGUUAGACAUUGUGGAUACAAUCAAGUCCUGGAAUUGGAAGUUUGUUCAACCAAAAUAAGAACUAAUAGGCAUAUCAUGGCAUGGGCUGAACCUAGGAACUCUGAGCCACCAAUAAGAACUGAGCAUGCCAAAAAGAACACAGACAUCCUACCAAUCGGAACAACAGGGAUUGAUGCCACUAAAUGCCUGGAUAAUCCUGGGAACCUGAGACCAUUUGUUUACUGGGACCACCCUUUGCUCAAUGACUCAGGAGUCAGUGAAAAACAGAAGCUCAGGUAUGUUGUCGAUUGGGCUGAGAACCUCCUCAAGAACAGUUCAGAGGUUGACCACAGCAAAGCCAGCAGUUCUGCAGUGGCCAUGGGAAAGCAGGUGGUCCCACGAAAUAUGUCAUCUGCGUACUAUGAACCGUCCCCUUCAAGAAAGUUGAAGUUGUUGACCUCUCCUCCCACUCCAGGUAGUAGAUCUGGUCAGAUCAUAGAGAGGGCACAGGAAACCAGUAUAGAUUUUGUUCAAACUCUGCCACGGGUCAAUUAUAAAACUUCUGAUGAAACUAAUACUCUGUCUGUUUUCAAGUCUGUGAAAUGUUCUGAGGAUUCUAGGUCUGACAUCAGGGAGACUACAGCCCACAAGGAUAUCCGCUUCAAAGAAAUUCGUUAUCUUAGCGCACAGAACUCCUUCCCAACUAGGGACUUUCACACAUUUGAUCAAAGGCACUGCGCAACCAUACAUGACAGAACUGACUGCCACUGCGAAGAGAAUCAUUGUGUUGAAUGUUCUAAUGAUACUCACUUUAUGAAUGAGUCUGUCUCAUCGCCAGCUCAGAACAGAACUAAAAACCACCCUCCCUUCUGUUCUGGAAGUACCACCACCGGGAAGCCUAUUAUUGAUUGUUCACCUAAAAAUGUUUAUGCUAAGACUCAAGCAGCAGUUCUUUCCUUAUCUUGGCAGCCCACACAUCAGAAGGGGUUGCCUCAAUUAGAGAUGAAGGACAACGUUAAAAGUAGGACAGAGGUAGAAGAUGAGAAAGUUGUAUGUGAGCAGAAACCAGAGGUCAAAACUUUGCAGGAUUGGUCCAAACAGCAAAUUUGUGACUCACGGUGCGGGGAUCCUCCGAAGACUAGCAGCUACAAGGAAUUAGAGGAAUCCAAACCGAACACAGAGACAGCAAACCUGACCUUCUGCUCUGCUUCUGAAAGAGCAGCCGACGUCUCAGUCUACGAGCAGUACCUGCUCUACAUGGCUCAUCUGGAUCAACUCCGACAGGGCCGGAGAGCACAUCGUUCAUGGAACCAUGGAACCGAAGCAGAUAACGUUAAGGACGGGGAAACUGUGGGUCAAACGACCUCACCUGCCAAUUGCUGUGAAAUGACUCCAUCCUCUUCGACUCAGCGUUUUAAACAUCAACAAAGGAGAGAAGCAGCCAGAACGAGCACAGCCACAGAGCCCAUGAUGGCAUCCAAUAAGGCUGCUGAUAUAACACACAACCCUAACACACCCAAAGCAACUGCAAAGCAAUCGGCCGACGUUAUCAUGAAAAGGCAAAGAACCACCAGAAGCAACCAUCUGGCCUUGUGUGAAGAGGUCAUCAAAAUACCUGUGGAGCAUGGAACCUCAACCGAUGAUGAUAUAACCGGUCUACCUCUUCAUCACCUAACGAUUAACCAAGAACCUGAAAGUGCUGGAACCUCUCAACACCCCCUCAUCACACCUUUAAAUCCAGCCUUAAAGGUGAAGACAGGUCUUUGCCGUCCAGAGAACAGAACGGGGUGUGCCGAUGGACAGAGUGGGGCCGCCAGACGUCCAGACGUCCCCCAGAGGUUCUGGGAGAAGUCCAGCCUCUGCUGGUCCACCCUUAUUCAUGGAGAGGUGUUGCCAAGGUCUCCCAUCCCAACCAGAUGCUGGUCAGCAGGAGAGAAACGAAUCCCCUCAAAAACAAACAGUACUACGAAGAGACAGACACAGACACAGACACCAGACACAUGCACAAACAUCACUACACCAGCUGGAGGUCAUCCACAUGUGUCUCAAGCCUCAAGUAGUGAGUUUACUAUCAGAAUCAGAAUAUAAAUGUAGUUUUGCUAUCAAUCUGUUUACACAUCAUAGAAGAGACACAGAGAACGCAGAUUUCUUUGUGUGUGACG